CGUCGUAUCCACUCGCGCUUCUUUGGGCGCGUAUACUUCAGCUUUAUCCUCCACUACUACACCUUCCCUUUUUUGACAGUGACCCCUCCACUCCAAUUCUCCAUAGCUACUCCACCCACCUCCGCUCUUCUUUAGCUCAUCAGAAUCUCUUCAAUUCCAUCAGCACUAAGAACAACAAAAGGAGGAGUUGAUGAGAUGAAUUUACGGCAACGGCCUCAAGCCACGCGCGGCCGCGAGCAGCCUUACCCGCCGCCGCCUCCGCCGCUGCGCCAGUCUCCGCCGUCGGAAACUUAUAAUAUCAUUCCCAUUCACAGUCUCUUGUCGGACCAUCCUUCCCUCCGUUACCCGGAAGUAAGGGCCGUCUCCGAAGCACUUCGCACCGUCGGCAGCCUCCGGAAGCCGCCUUUUACUCCCUGGAACGAUUCCUUGGAUAUUAUGGACUGGUUGGGGCUGUUCUUUGGCUUCCAAGGAGACAACGUGAAGAACCAAAGAGAGCAUUUGGUUCUUCACCUUGCCAAUUGCCAAAUGCGCCUUCAACCACCACCUGCUGUUGUUGACCGCCUUGACCCUGGAGUUCUCCACCGUUUCCAGCUGAAGCUACUCAAGAAUUACACCUCCUGGUGUUCUUAUCUCCGGCAAAAGUCUCAAAUCCGGCUCCCUCGGCGCCCGACCGCUGACCUCCCACGCCGUGAACUCAUGUACGUUUGCCUCUACUUGUUGAUUUGGGGCGAGGCUGCAAACCUCCGUUUUGUCCCCGAGUGUCUCUGCUAUAUAUUUCAUAAUAUGGCCUUAGAACUCAACUACAUUCUUGAUGAUCAUACUGAUGAGAAUACGGGGCACCCUUAUGUUCCUGCUACUUGUGGGCAAUAUGGUUUUCUCAAUUACGCGGUUACUCCUAUCUAUAACACCAUCAAAGGUGAGGUUGAGAGGAGUAGGAAUGGGACUGCCCCACAUUCGGCGUGGCGGAAUUAUGAUGAUAUCAAUGAAUACUUUUGGAGUAAGAAGUGCAUUAAGAGAUUGAAAUGGCCUAUUGAUAUAUCUAGCAACUUUAUCUCAACCAUUGCAGAAUCAAGAGUUGGGAAGACGGGAUUUGUGGAGCAGAGGACUUUUUGGAAUCUUUUUAGAAGCUUUGAUAGGUUAUGGAUUAUGUUAAUAUUAUUUUUCCAGGCUGCUAUGUUCGUUGCUUGGGAGGAAAGGGAUCCGCCGUGGAACGCCUUGGAGAGUAGGGAUUUGCAAGUGGAACUGCUUACCGUGUUUAUUACUUGGGCAGGUUUAAGGUUUAUUCAGUCGAUUCUUGAUGCUGGAACGCAAUACAGUUUGGUCACCAGGGACACCAUCUGGAUUGGUAUUAGGAUGGUGCUGAAAAGUCUAGAUGCUCUCACGUGGACUGUUGUGUUUGGUGUUUUCUAUGGGAGGAUUUGGAGCCAGAAGAAUUCUGAUGGCAGGUGGUCUUAUGAGGCAACCCAGAGAAUUUUCAUGUUUUUGAAGGCUGCAUUUGUGUAUCUUGUUCCCGAGUUGAUUGCUCUGGUCCUUUUUGUUCUUCCCUGGAUUCGAAAUGGAAUUGAAGAAGUGGAUUGGACAAUCUUUCGUUGGCUAAGCUGGUGGUUUUAUACUCCGAUCUUUGUAGGUCGGGGUUUAAGGGAAGGACUCAUUAGUAAUGUAAAAUAUACGGUGUUUUGGAUUGCAGUUUUGGUUUCAAAAUUUUCUUUCAGUUACUUCCUUCAGAUCAAGCCUUUGGUUGGCCCAACUAAGGCACUUCUGAGAUUAAGGAAUGUGAGGUACCAGUGGCACGAAUUUUUUGGAAGCACGAAUAGAAUGGCUGUGAUAAUGUUGUGGGUUCCUGUCAUUGCAAUUUAUCUGGUGGAUUUGUUAAUCUGGUACUCAAUUUUCUCCUCUAUUGUUGGGGGAGCGAUUGGGUUAUUCUCACAUAUUGGUGAAAUCCGCAACUUUCAGCAACUGAGACUAAGGUUCCAGUUCUUUGCUAGUGCUUUGCAGUUUAAUCUUAUGCCUGAGGAUCGGACUCUAAAUGCAAAGUCUACACUUGUGCACAAACUACGAAAUGCAUUGCAUAGGUUGAGACUGCGAUAUGGACUUGGUCAGCCUUUUAAGAAGAUGGAAUCAAGCCAGGUGGAGGCAACUAGGUUUGCAUUGUUGUGGAAUGAAAUGAUUAUAACCUUCAGAGAGGAAGAUCUGGUGAGCGAUACGGAGGUGGAGCUUAUGGAAUUGCCUCCUAAUUGUUGGGAUAUUAAGGUCAUUAGAUGGCCAUGUGUUCUUCUUUGUAAUGAGCUGUUGCUUGCUCUAAACCAUGCUGUUGAACUGGAAGAUGCACCUGAUGGGUGGGUAUGGUUCAGGAUAUGCAAGAGUGAGUAUAGACGGUGUGCUAUUGUUGAGGCUUACGAUAGCAUCAAAUUUUUGCUUCUUGAGAUUGUUAAAUAUGGGACUGAAGAGCAUGAUAUUGUGAGUAACUUCUUCACAGGUUUGGAGAACAACAUUCGUUUUGAGAAAUUCACGGCAACAUACAAGACGUCUGUGUUUCCCAAGAUUCAUGAGCAGUUGAUAUCUCUCAUCAAACUACUACUUAUGCCUCAGGAAGACAUGAACAAGUUAGUGAAUGUAAUGCAAGCCUUGUAUGAGCUAUCGAUACGAGAGUUUCAAAGAACGAAAAAGUCAGUUGCGCAGCUGAGACAGGAAGGUUUGGCACCUUCAAAUCCCUCGACAACUGCUGAUAGUCAACUAUUUGAGAUUGCUAUGGAAUUCCCUGACAAGGAAGAUGUUUUCUUCUACAGGCAGCUAAGACGUCUGUAUACAAUACUUACGUCGAAAGAUUCAAUGCACAAUAUCCCAAAGAAUCUUGAAGCAAGAAGACGCAUUGCUUUCUUUAGUAAUUCUUUAUUCAUGAACAUUCCACGUGCUCCACAGAUUGAGAAAAUGAUGGCAUUUAGUGUCUUGACUCCAUACUAUGAUGAAGAAGUAUUGUAUGGAAAAGAAAUGCUUAGAAGUCCCAAUGAAGAUGGCAUUUCUACGUUGUUUUACUUGCAAAAGAUUUAUGCAGAUGAAUGGUCAAAUUUCCUGGAGAGGAUGCGUAGGGAAGGUAUGCAGAAUGAUGAUGACAUUUGGGGUACAAAGGUGAGGGAUCUUCGUCUUUGGGCAUCUUACAGAGGCCAGACACUAUCACGUACCGUGAGGGGUAUGAUGUAUUACCACAGGGCAUUGAAAAUGCUUGCUUUCCUUGAUACUGCAUCUGAGAUGGAUAUAAGACAGGGAUCCCGGGAAGUUUCACUACAGCAGAACAAUAAUUUGGGUAGCCUUGGUUCUGGGCUGGCACCAACUUCUCAGAAUAUUGCCCGAGCAAGUAGCAGCGUGAGUCUUCUUUUUAAAGGACACGAGUUUGGCUCUGCCCUUAUGAAAUUCACUUAUGUUGUUGCCUGCCAAAUGUAUGGGCAUCAUAAGGCAAGGGGUGAUCCACGUGCUGAAGAAAUUUUGUACCUGAUGAAAAACCAUGAGGCCCUACGGGUAGCUUACGUUGAUGAAGUUUUCCUGGGAAGAGAAGAAGUGGAAUACUACUCUGUUUUGGUGAAAUACGAUCAACAGUUGAAGCAAGAGGUUGAAAUUUACCGUGUUAAACUGCCUGGUCCAGUAAAGUUGGGUGAAGGCAAACCUGAGAAUCAGAACCAUGCACUCAUCUUUACUAGGGGUGAUGCAGUUCAGACGAUUGACAUGAACCAGGACAAUUAUUUUGAGGAAGCACUGAAGAUGCGGAAUUUAUUGGAGGAGUUUAAUGUGUAUCAUGGAAUCAGGAGGCCAACCAUCUUGGGAGUUCGUGAAAAUAUCUUCACUGGUUCUGUCUCAUCGCUAGCUUGGUUCAUGUCUGCUCAAGAAAUGAGUUUUGUAACUUUGGGACAGCGUGUUCUGGCAAAUCCUUUGAAAGUUCGAAUGCAUUAUGGCCAUCCUGAUGUUUUUGAUAGAUUCUGGUUUCUGACUCGGGGCGGCAUUAGCAAAGCUUCCAGAGUGAUCAAUAUCAGCGAAGAUAUUUAUGCUGGUUUCAAUUGCACAUUGCGAGGAGGCAAUGUCACACACCACGAGUACAUACAGGUGGGUAAAGGACGUGAUGUUGGGUUGAAUCAGAUAUCGAUGUUUGAGGCCAAGGUUGCAAGUGGAAAUGGUGAACAGGUCUUAAGUAGAGAUGUUUACAGGUUGGGUCAUCGACUAGAUUUCUUUCGUAUGCUGUCAUUCUUUUACACUACUGUUGGGUACUUCUUCAACACCAUGAUGGUGGUAAUUAUGGUCUACACUUUCCUCUGGGGACGCCUUUAUCUUGCUCUCAGCGGGGUUGAGGAUCAUGCGAUGAAUGCUGGAAACAAUAAAGCGCUUGGUGCAAUUCUGAAUCAACAGUUUAUAAUCCAAAUUGGUGUUUUCACUGCCCUACCAAUGAUAGUGGAGAACUCUCUGGAACGAGGCUUCCUUCCAGCAGUUUGGGAUUUCAUAACAAUGCAGUUUCAGCUUGCUUCUUUUUUCUACACAUUCUCAAUGGGAACACGUGCUCAUUAUUUUGGGCGGACCAUUCUGCAUGGAGGUGCCAAGUACCGAGCCACUGGACGUGGUUUUGUUGUGCAACGGAAGAGCUUUGCUGAGAAUUAUCGGUUAUAUUCUCGCAGUCAUUUUGUGAAAGCAAUCGAGCUUGGAGUCAUCCUGAUAGUGUAUUCAUCGAGUAGUCUCUUGCCUUCCAAUACAUUUGUCUACAUAUUAAUGACCAUCUCAAGUUGGUUCCUCGUAGUAUCAUGGAUUAUGUCGCCUUUUCUGUUUAAUCCUUCGGGAUUUGACUGGUUAAAAACUGUAUAUGAUUUUGAUGAUUUCAUGAAGUGGAUAUGGUAUAAUCGAGGAGUUUUCAUAAAAGCAGAUGUCAGCUGGGAGACAUGGUGGUACGAGGAACAGGAUCACUUGAGAAAUACUGGUGUUUGGGGGAAAUUGCUGGAGAUUAUUUUGGAUCUGCGCUUCUUCUUCUUUCAGUAUGGGAUAGUGUACCAUUUGAAUAUUGCUGGUACAAACCGGAGUAUUGUCGUUUAUUUGCUAUCCUGGAUCACCUUGAUUGUGAUCGUGGCGAUUUACAUGGUUAUUUCAUAUGCUCAGGAUAAGUACGCUGCCAAGGAACAUAUAUAUUAUCGGCUGGUUCAGUUGGUUGUAAUCACGCUUGUUGUACUUGUGAUCAUUCUGCUUCUCAAGUUUACUGCCUUUCAAUUUCUUGAUCUUAUCUCAAGUCUCUUGGCAUUUAUACCCACCGGAUGGGGCAUGAUACAGAUAGCCCAAGUGCUUAGACCUUUUCUGCGAUCCACUGUUGUUUGGAACACAGUAGUAUCAUUGGCUCGUUUGUAUGAUUUGAUAUUUGGGAUGAUCGUUAUGGUUCCUUUGGCUAUUGUUUCCUGGAUGCCUGGUUUAGAGUCAAUGCAGACAAGGAUUCUAUUCAAUGAAGCUUUCAGCAGGGGACUCCAGAUAUCUCAAUUACUUACCGGCAAGAAGUCCAGCUUUGACGUAUGAUACGAGGGGUGUUGGAGAAUUUCAGUGGAGAAUACAUUUUUAACUGCUGCAUCAGAGUAUUCAAUUUGCUUCAUCGGAAUCUUACUGUAAAUUAUUUUGCUGCUCUGACCCUAAACAACAACCAGGGCUGUUAGAAAAGUUGCAGUGGAGGAUAUUUCUUUGGGCUGCUGGAUCCACGUAUUCAAUUUGCUUCAACAAAGUCCUGGUGUAAGUGUUUUUUUGCUGCUCUGACACUACACGAUAGCCUGUUAGAAUCAGAAAUUGAUUCCUUAGUGCAGUCAUUAGUUAGAUGGCUUACAGCUUCUCAUUUUGGAGUUAGGCGUUGGUUAAGUAAUUCGUAGGAAGAAAGCAUAACCUUAGUUCCGUGUACAUAUUUUCCACUUGUAAGGACAUCAAAGUAGGUGUUACAGAAUCCUUCUGCUUUGUUUAUUCAAAGGCUAAUGCAUCUUGCAGCAAAUUCAUUGCUGAGGGUUGAAAUCUUGCUGUUUCCUUUUCGACAGUGGGAGCUCACCCCUAGUCCUAGGAACGAACUUUGCUGUUAUCAGUCUACUUACGAACUUUUUCUCCUCUUGGAUUUCCAGCAAUUGUGUGUUCUUAAGAUCUCUGAACGUGUUCGUGAGAUGGAGAAUGAUAUUUUUAUCCUCUUGGAACAUCAACUUUUUAAAGUGGUGUAAUCCUUUAUUCAUUAUUUAGACCAAAACACUUAAUCACAAUCUCCUC